AUGACCGCUGGUCUCCUUGUGGGUACUCUUGAUGUCGUGUUGGACUCCAGUGCCAGAGUGGCACCAUAUCGAAUCCUCUACCAAGCACCAGACUCCUUGGUCUAUUGGACUAUUGCCUGUGGCUGCUCAAGGAAGGAAAUCACUGAACACUGGGAAUGGCUUGAACAGAAUUUGUUGCAAACUCUUUCAAUCUUUGAAAAUGAGAAUGACAUAAAUACAUUUGUCAGAGGAAAAAUACAGGGCAUCAUCGCUGAGUACAACAAGAUAAAUGGCAUCAAGGAGGAUGACGAUACAGAAAAAUUUAAGGAAGCCAUAGUGAAGUUUCACAAGCUAUUUGGGAUGCCGGAGGAAGAGAAAUUAGUGAACUACUACUCCUGCAGUUACUGGAAGGGGAAGGUUCCCCGUCAGGGCUGGGUAUAUCUCAGCAUUAAUCACCUUUGCUUUUAUUCUUUCCUCAUGGGCAGGGAAGGUAUGUUUUACAGUGGAAUGGUG